GCUGCGGGCGUGUGUGGGCCGGGCCCAGCCCGCGGGACAGCACCAUGGAGGAAUUCGACUCCGACGACUUCUCCUCGUCGGAAGAGGACGAGGACUACGUGCCGUCCGGUGGAGAGUAUAGUGAAGAUGACGUCAAUGAGCUAGUGAAGGAAGAUGAAGUGGACGGUGCAGAGCCAUCCCAGAAAACCAAAGGGAAAAAAGGCAAAACUCCGAGCAUCCAGCCCAGGAAGCGGAAACAAGGUGGCCUCUCUUUAGAAGAGGAAGAGAAGGACGCCAGCGAGGAGUCUGAAGGAAGCAGCAGUGAGGAGGAAGCAUCCAGUGAGCAGGAGAAGGGUCCUGGGUUCGAGGAUGCAAGGAAGAAGAAGGAGGAGGAGCUGUGGGCGAGCUUCCUCAGUGAUGUGGGGCCUAAGCCAAAGGGCACCCCCAGCACGCAUGUUAAAAGGGAAAAUGAGGCUGAAGAAACAAGUUCAAGCAAAGUGGUGGUCAAAGCAGAAGACCAGAAGAAACCUCAAGAAACUGAAAAAGUGAAAAUCACCAAGGUGUUUGACUUCGCUGGCGAAGAAGUCAGGGUGACUAAGGAAGUGGAUGCUACUUCUAAAGAAGCCAAGUCUUUCUUCAAGCAAAACGAGAAAGAGAAGCCACAGGCUGCUGUUCCCUCACCUGUGCCGGCACUCCCUGCUGGAUCAGGAUUCAAAAGGUCAAGUGGCAUGAGCAGCCUUUUGGGGAAAAUUGGAGCCAAGAAACAGAAGCUGAGCACCCUCGAGAAGUCCAAAUUGGACUGGGAGAGCUUCAAAGAGGAGGAAGGCAUUGGCGAAGAGCUGGCCAUCCACAAUCGAGGGAAGGAAGGGUACAUUGAGCGGAAAGCAUUCCUCGACCGGGUGGAUCACAGGCAGUUUGAAAUUGAGCGUGAUCUCCGGCUGAGCAAAAUGAAGCCCUGAGUAGGGCAGAGGCAAGGAAGGGAAAGGAAAGGAGGCGAAACUCCUUCCAGUGGCAAUGGGAGCCAUGAGUGGGGCCCGAGUUCUUGCCCAGCAAACUCCUUGUUUUCUAUAUCAGAUUUCUGUCUUUUUAUCUUGAUCUCACUUGUUUUCAUUU